GACGACGACGACAAAGACGACAAAGACGUGGACGAAAACAACGACAACGACAAAGCCAAAGACAAAAACAAAGACAAGAACGUAUUCCUCGAGUCGACGUAUUAUCAUCCAGUCUAUCUGGACGCCCUCUUGACAAGUUUACCAAUGUGAAGAGAGUGAAACGUGCUGGAAGAAAGAAGAAAAUAAGAGGAUGAAGAGAAACAUAACAGAAGGAUAGAAAAUAUAUCAAGAAUAAGAUGUUUAACAAAAAUUGAAACUUUUCAAAUAUAUAAGACUAAUAAUUUGUUCAAUUUUUCUCCUGCGAUAAAAGUUUCGAAUCUUCUUUAGAUCUUACGCACACACAAAGGGACACACAGAUAUCCACCGAUCACGGUUGACGAAAGAUAAAAUAUAAAUCAAAGAGGACACCGAGAAAUCGCAGGACCAACCCUGAAGAUGUUGACUUCAUCAAAAUUCGAAGAUGUUAAGAACGUAACAAGAAAGUAACAAGAAAAUUUUUCCUUGAAUUAUACGUGAAGAAAGAUAUAUAAGUGUGUUGUGAAAUAUCUUUCAUAUAUGAAGAAUUGUCGUUAUCCAGGAAAGAUAAACUCCUGGUAUCCUCUUCCGUGUGUCGUACAGCGUGACAGCGCCGCGAGCACCUCUCUCCCUCUGGUCUCGACCUCUGCCAAUCAAUAACCGACAGACAGGCCGACUUGCUCGACGUCGUUCUACUAUUCUCUCUUUUCUCUUCUCUCUCUCUCUCUCUCUCUCGCUCCCUCUACUUUCCUAUCUUUUACAAAAUACCAUACACACACACUCUCUCUCUCUCUCUCUCUCUCUCUCUCUCUCUCUCUCUCUCUUUUUAUCCACAAACCACACGCAUGUGUUUUUCUUCGUUCCCCUAGGCGAACGUUAAGCCAGAAAUUAAUAAAGAAUACGAGUAUCUGGGAAGCAUUAGAAUUAACCUACAGUUUAUAUAGAAGAAUAAAACGGGAAAUAACGGAAGGAAGUAGCUACGACGAAGAAGAAGAACAAGAACAACAACAAAAAGAAGAAAAAGAAGGAGGAAAGAACGAAAGCGAAAGCGAAAGAAAAAGCGAGCGAGCGAGCGAGCGAGCGAGAGAGAGAGAGAGAGAGAGAGAGAGUGACCAAAAGGGCUAAAGAAAUUGAGAGAAAAAUUGAGAGAGAGAGAGAGAGAGAGAGAGAGAAGGGAAAAAGGAACACGAGGGAAAAAAGAUAGAAAGAGAAAAGUAGUGGUGUCGCGAUAGGCCUAGCGUUUAUUCGUUCGCGCCAGCGCCCUGAGCGGCGGCACUUCCUACGACCACGGAAAACCUAUUUUUACUCUGUUAACGGAACGGAGAACUCUCAAAGAAGAGAGAGAGAGAAGAAAGAGAGAAAGAAAGAAAGAAAGAAAGAGAAAGAGAAAGAGAAAGAGAGAGAGAGAGAGAGAGAGAGAAGGAAGCACACGGUGUGCUUCGCCACCCACGCUUUCAUCUACCACGAAAAGAAGAGACCACUAGGCGGCACGAUCCGUCGGUCUGACAGAGGCCGACGGCACCGUCGAAAGCACCGCCAUCGGCGACUCCCUGAACGCCUGGCCGCGCCUAUCGGACACGUAAACGUGUAGCGCGAAAUCUCUACUUCGACUGCUGCGAUAUCAUUUUAAUCGCCAAACUCACCCUUUUAUUUUACUUCGUGUUCCAUCCUAGUGUCUUCGUGAUAUCACACACGCACACUCGCACGCACACACACAAUAUAUAUAUAUAUAUUUUCUUUCCAACUCCAAGGUGAUAGAACACACAUUCUCACUCUCUCACUCUCUCUCUCUCUCUCACUCUCUCACUCUCUCUCUCUUUCUUUCUCUCUCUCUCUCUGUUUCUCUCUUAAUUAUCUAUCUCCGAAGAAGGGGAGAUUCCAGGUCCAGGAUGGAAGAUAAUACAAAUAAUCAAACUCGCGACGAAUUGGUUCGCGAGGUAUAAGGAAAUUCAUCUCUCUUUUUUCCCCCUCUCUUUCUAUCCCUCUCCCUUUCUCUCUCUGUCUGUCUCUCUCUCUCUCUCUCUCUCUCUCUCUCUCUCUUUCUAAAGAGAUUGGAAUACAAAUAAAAGAGAAAAUAUAUAAGGAAGAAUAAUGAUCGGUGUAUGUGUCCAUCAUUGGCAUUUGUUGUUGUUGUUGUUUUCAAUGGUAGCAGCAAUGGUGGUGGUGGUGGUGGUGGGCCAGUGUCGAGCCUGAACAAGACCCGUACGACGGACGCGUGUUUCUUUAAAUGGUGUACGCGUGAGAAGAGAUCUCAUCGUUAAAUAUAGCUGCAAUUUUGUUCAUACAUGUGCUCUAGAAAAACAGCAAAUUAAUAAGGAAACCCAAGUUUGUUGGUACCUGUUUUACUAGCAACAAUAAAAAAACAAACAAACGAAAAGCAUCGUCAACGUCAUCGUUUAGGAACAUGCGGACUUCGGGCGAGGCCCCUAGACGAACGAAGGCCGGCCUCGCCGGUGGACCAGGAUAAAAAGAAGGAAUACCUCAAAAAAAAUCCUUUAAAAAAGCAUCUCGCUAACCCCUAGUUGUUCGCCUACAUAUUCUAUCUGUCGCACUCAUUCACUUAUUUUUCUUUCUCUCUGUAAUUCCAAUCCUGUCUCUUUCUCUCUCUCCCGGUCCUUAAAAAACACCUGCGCAAGCGCCGCAUUACACAUCCUUUAGGAUCUUAAGGACGCGGGAAGCGAGCUCGUCUCGCUCUCGCUCGCAUGGAACAUGAUAGAGAUGUCGAGUGGAAUCAGUGCAACAAUGGGGAUUGGCGUUAGCCACGGAACGGGUGGAAACGACGGUGUAACGAGUGGUUGUCGUCUUCGUGCCCAAAGUCAAAGUCAAGCAUCUUCCUCUCAGCACGCCAAUCCGCAACAAUCGUCUCAGACGACGUCUCAACAAUCGUCUCAGCAUCAAUCGCAACAACAAUCGUCGCAACAAUCCCAACAACAACAGCAACAAUCUCAACAACAACAACAACAACAACAACAACAACAACAGCAACAUCAACUGCAACAAUCUCAACAACAACAAACGCCUACGUCGCAGCAGCAGGCACAGCAACGUCAAGGAACUAGGUUCAUAGGCCGCUCGAAAAAGGACAACUGUUGCCUAUGCUGGUGCUGUUGCUGUAGUUGCUCGAACAAAUGUUUGGCGUCGGUCGGCGGAAAUACGGUUGGUGCUGACGGAACUGGCGAACACGGUAAGAAGAAGGGCAACGUUGGUAUUGACGGUGAACACGUGGGUGGCCUCGGUGGUGAUCACGGUGGCGUUACUGCUGGCAACGGGUUGGACAACUUCGACGGUCUCGAUGGUCCCGACGCUUCCAUGGAAUGCUGUAAUUUCGAAGAAAUUAAAUCUUGGGGUUCUUCAUUCGACAAGCUGAUGAAAAGCGCGGCCGGUAGGAAACUUUUCCGUGAGUUCCUUCGCAGCGAGUACAGCGAGGAAAAUAUUGCAUUUUGGCUCGCAUGCGAGGAACUCAAACGUGAAAGUAAUCCAGAGAAAAUCGAGGAAAAGGCAAGAUUCAUCUACGAGGAUUACAUAUCCAUACUUUCACCGAAAGAAGUGAGUCUAGAUUCGCGAGUACGCGAGAUCGUUAAUCGCAACAUGGUGGAACCAACCCCGCAUACCUUCGACGAGGCACAGUUACAAAUCUACACGCUGAUGCAUCGGGACUCUUAUCCGCGAUUCGUCAACAGUGCGAUUUAUCGACGAGUAGCGAGGCUUAGUAGCGGUCCACCGAGUCCAACGAGUGGUUCCGAACAAGAGCACACAGGUGGAAAGUCGAAAGGCAAAAAAGGGACGACGUAAUCGCGAUCACGGCCGAUCAGCCGAUUUUGGACGUCGUACCCUCAGCCAAAAGUGGAGAUAUCAACGAGAUCGUGUGGUCUCCUCUUAUUUCGGCUUCUUCCAAUGAGCUGUAAACAGAUGGAAGAAGUCUGACAAUGACAUCACAAAUAGAGAAAGAAAAAAGAUAUGGAAAGAAAGAAAGAAAUCAAGAGAGAGAGAGAGAGAAAGAGAGAGAGAAAAAAAAGAUACGUCGAAUUAACACCGAUACGUUUCUCAAAGUAUCUUUUAAUCUCGUAGCUAAUCGGCUCGAAACUCGGAAAGAUACUAUCGAAAAUGAAUAAAAAAUGAAACGAAGGAAAAAAAUGGGGCCCAUCUUCUCCGGGAUGUCUCUCUCUCUCUCUCUCUCUCAUUCUCUCUUUUUCUUUCUCUCUCUCUCUCUCCUUGUGUCUGUCUCUUUAAAAAUCUUUCGCGGACGAUGCGCGCACAGUUGUCACUGCCUUGGAAACAAUUGCGAUAUGUGUAUGUAUAUAUAUAUGUGUGUAUAAAUUUUUAUGUAUGUGUAUAUAUAAAUGCAUAUAUCGUUUGAUGCUAGAUGCGACGGAGCUCACGAUUGCACGUCGAAUCUUAAAUACAACUCGAAGGUAACUAAAAAGUAUUUUGAUUAAGGAGUCCAAGAGUUAAAUGAGUUUGGUAUUUACCAUGAUGGAAACGCUACGAAUUCGUGAUUUUUCUUCGAAAAAUUGGAGUACCAUCGAGUAGUAACGUUAAUUUCGUUCAUAAGCGUUUUACGAUUCAAGUACCAACUAAAGAGAAAUAAGGGUGGACGAAAUAGACGUAAUCGAUGAUAGGAAAAUCAACGGAAUGGGGAUUGAGAGAAGAGAGAGACAAAUUUUGGAAAAAGUGUUGUACGCGAGAUGAGGAUUAAGAAAAAAAAAAACAAAAAGAGAAGAAGAAAAUAAUAAGAUAAUAGAAAAUUCUUAUCGCAAGAUAUCGGUGCAACCAACUUUUAUUCUAGUCAACAGUUCACGAGAAGAAUUGUCAUAUUCGGCUAUUUACUUGCCGACGAGAUACCGAUCGAAGAAAAUACUUGUCAUCCAUUACCAAAUAAAUCAAUUCUAGUCAUAUUCGUCUAUAAGAAUCGUCAUGCGCGUAGAGACAUGAAAUCGUAACAGAGCUCGUUCGAGAUCUUCUGAGGGCUUAGAACAAAUUGAAAAAGAAGAAGAAGAAGAAGAAGAAGAAGAAGAAAGGCCUAAAACGCAAGAAAAUUUUCUCGAUGUGCGUGAAUCGAAACAUUGAAACCCGAUCGUGAUUCGACAAAAAUAAGAAGAAAAAAAAUGCUAAGGGCCGAUUUUAAAUGCAUACAAAAAUACGCACGGUCAAAUCAACAUUUUAUGCGACUUUAUAUAAAUAUAUAAGUGUGCGUACGUGUGUGUGCAUACAUUGUAUAUGUACAUAUAUAUAUGCAUAUAUUUAUAUAUCUAUACAGGGUGUCUCAUAUGAAUGAAUACGAUAAAAUAUGGCAUGAUGUAUAUGUAUAUGUAUGUAUGUAUGUAUGUAUGUAUGUAUGUACAUAUCUCGAUUACGCGUGCAAGCAUGUUUCAUUUCUUCGUAGAAACGAUUUCUUUGAAAUCCGAUUAUUCACCGAACCUCACGCGAUCCGUAACUUUUGAAUUAAACUUUUUUUCGCCAAAAAAAAGAAAAAAAAGAAAACGUCCAUUUUCUAAACUUUUACUUAAGCUUUUUCUACCAAUGAUUUUUCUAUCAAAGCUUUACCGAAGAAAAAAAAAAGCUACAUAUCAUUUUGUUCUGUGAUAAAAAUCAAACGCACGAGCUGGUUGGAUUCAAAUGAGAUCGUUUCUAAUGAAAAGAAAAGAGGGCUAAAGUAGAGAAGAAAAAGAAAUAGAAGAAGAAGAAGAAAAAGUAAAAGUAAAACAAAAAAGACAGACACUCUCUCUAGUCGUAAAGUACGCUUACGGGCGUAUAGGAUAUAUAGACACAUCAUAACACACUAUUCACAUACAUACAUACGUACCUAUAUACUUACUACACUUCAUACCUUACCCACUUAGCUCUCCUACCUACGUCAAAAUCGUAAAUACAUAGGAAGGAACGAAGGAAAGAAACGUCGUGUGUUAUCUAACGUGAAAUCGAUGAUAAAUGUGAAAAUAUAAUUAUUAUAAAUGAAGGACGCGCGUAAGGUGUACACACACACACACACAUACACACACACAGACUCGGGCAAAUCUCGCAGUCAGUCACAGUGUUUGACUAUUGUGAUCUGUAGAUAAUUAUCGUAGAUAGGUACAAUGAUUAAUAUCGCUAAUGAAAUAUAAAUGAGAAUGAUUCUAAACGUAUUAUACUUGCGCUAAAGCGUAUAAUGAAAUCAUUCGGGUGACAUAUAAGAACAAUCUUUUUCAUUCUCGAUAUAAAAAAAAAAAACGUAUACAUCCAUAGGUAUGUAUUUACUUAAGUAAGUACUUAUUUAAAUACUUACUUACGUUUCUUUUUGAUGAGAGAAAAA